AUGUCAGAAUUAACAGCAUCACCAUCCUCCUCAUCAACUACAGAUAAUAAUACCACCACUACUAAUAAUAAUAAUACUAAUACUAAUAAUAGUAAUAGUAGUAGCUUAUUAAAAUCUAAUCAAGUUUUAAUUCGUAUUUAUUUUAUUGAUGAUACACAUAAAACCUUAUCAAUUGACCCAAAUAACACAACAGGUGAUCAAUUAUGGGAAAUGGUAUCUGAAAAAAUAGGUAUUAAUAAUAAAGAUUCAGAAUGUUUUUUUAUUUGGGCACAAAAUGAUGAAAUUGAAUGGUUAUUAUUUAAUCAUCAAAAUAUAUCGGAAAUUAUUAAAAACUGGGGAGUUUUAGAAAAAAGGUAUUGCAAUAAAGAUGAACCAACAUCACCAAUUUUAAGUGGAUUUUCAUCGAUUAGAGGUAAAACACCAUCAUCACCAAAUAUCAGCAGCAGUGGUUUAAAUAAUAGUGGUGGCAUACCACCUCCAUCAUCACCAUCAUCACCAGGUUACAGUACAGGCACAAUUAAAGGGUUUUUAACAUUGGGUAAAAAAAAUAAAAUCAGUGGUGCAUCAUCAAAUAAUUCAUCAUCAGCCAUUUCAACUACUAUAGCAAGUGAACAUGCAAGCAAAUUAAGAUCAUCAUUCCCAACAUUAGGAGAGGAGGGUCAUUUUAGAUUGGUAUAUAGACCCACUAGUGUAUUACCAUUGGAAGCAGAGAGAUCAAUUAAUAAACCAGAAGCCGUUCAUUUAUUUUAUAUUCAAGCAAUUCAUAAUGUAAUUCACAGUAAUUAUCCAUGCGAAGAAGAUGUAGCAUUAAAAUUAGCAUCUAUCCAAUUACAAGUUUUGGUUGGUGAUCAAAAACUAGAGCAUCAAGACCACCUUAGAGAGUCUAUUAGCCGUUAUAUUCCAUCCCAUAUGCUAUCAAAAAGAAAACCAGAGGAAUGGGAACAAUUAAUUAUUCCACAACAUGCAUUAUUAAGAGGUUCUGAAAGUUUGCAAUUGAAAAAAUCUUAUUUGGAAACCUGCCAAAGAUGGCUUUAUUAUGGCUCCACUUUCUUUAAAGCAAAGUAUAUCCCAUCCAACACCUCCUUCUUUACCCAAGAAUUUGAAGGUAAAGUUUCAAUUGGUAUCAAUGGUAAUGGUUUUCAUAUUAUCGAUCCAAAAGUUAUGAAAAUGGUAUCAUACAGUUACAGAGAUAUCGUUGCAUGGGACAGCUCCUCCAAUUCAUUUACAAUUAAAUUCCACAACCCCAAUUCCUCCAAGAGUGACUCAACUAAAAACUAUAUAUUUAAAACUCCACAAGGUGAACUAAUUAACGAUUUAUUAUCAGAUUGGUCUGUUGAAUGGGAAACCGAAUUAAAAAAACAAACAAAAAAGAAAUAA